UGGCAGCUGAGCAAGUUUCAGUGGUUCACUGUGGUUUUUGGAGUCCUGCUGCUGGAUGCUGGGAGACUCGUUCAAGCAAGCCCGAAGUUGCAAGAUGAAUGCAGUGACAUAUGAUGAUGUACUGGUGAAGUUUACACGGGAAGAAUGGGCUUUGUUGGAUGCUUCGCAGAAGAGUCUCUACAAGGAUGUGAUGCUGGAGACCUAUAGGAACCUCACUGCAAUAGGUUAUAACUGGGAAGAUCACAAUGAUAUUGAAGAAUAUUGUGAAGAUUCUGUAAGACAGAAAAGGCAUCUUCAAAGGGAUAAACCAAUUCAUACUAGAGAGAAACUUUAUGAAUGUAUGCAAUAUGACGGAGCCUUUGCAAGAAACAAUUACCUUCCAUUACAUAAAAGGAUAUAUACUGUAUCCAUUGUGUAUUAUACUAGUCUUCAAACACAUAGAAGAACACACACUGCAGAAAAACUCUGUGAUUGUAACCAAAGAGGUAAAGCCUAUUAUUGUCAAAGCGAUCUUCAGAAGCAUAAAAGAACACAUUCUGGAGAGAAACCAUUUGAGUGUAAGCAAUGUGGCAAAGCCUUUGCACAAAACAGCCAUCUUCAAAGUCAUGAGAGAAUACAUACCGGAGAGAAACCCUAUGAAUGUAACCAGUGUGGCAAGUCCUUUGCAGAACACUACCUUCUUCACAGACAUACAAGAGCACAUACCGGAGAGAGGCGCUAUGAAUGUAACCGAUGUAGCAAAGCAUUUUCAUCAAAAAGCAGUCUUCAAGUGCAUAAAAGAACACAUAUGCAAGAGAGACCCUAUGAAUGUACCCAGUGUGGCAAAGCCUUUGCACGAAAGAGCCAUCUCCAAAGCCAUAUAAGAACACAUUCUGGAGAGAAACCCUAUGAAUGUACCCAGUGUGGCAAAGUCUUUGCACGUCACAGCCAUCUUAAAAUUCAUAAUAGAACACAUUCUGGAGAGAAACCCUAUGAAUGCAACCAAUGUUCCAAAGCCUUUGCACAAAAAGGUGAUCUUCAAAAGCAUAAAACAACACAUACUGGAGAGAAACCCUUUGAAUGUAACCAAUGUGGCAAAGCCUUUGCACGACACACCAAUCUUCAAAGGCAUAAAAGAACAUAUAUGGGAGAGAAAGCCUAUGAAUGUAACCAAUGUGGCAAAGCAUUUUCAGAACGAGGCAGUCUUCAAGUGCAUAUAAGAAGACAUACUGGAGAGAAACCCUACAAAUGUAACCAAUGUAGCAAAGCAUUUUCACAACGAGGCGGUCUUCACAUGCAUAUGAGAAGACAUACUGGAGAGAAACCCUAUGAAUGUAACCAAUGUAGUAAAGGAUUUUUAUCACAAUGCAGUCUUCAAGUGCAUAAAAGAACACAUACUGGAGAGAAACCCUUUGAAUGUAACCAAUGUGGCAAAGCCUUUGCACAAAAGAGCCAUCUUAAAAUUCAUAAAACAACACAUACUGGAGAGAAACCCUUUGAAUGUAACCAAUGUGGCAAAGCCUUUGCACAACACAGCUAUCUUCAAAGGCAUAAAAUAACACAUACUGGAGAGAAACCCUUUGAAUGUAACCAAUGUGGCAAAGCCUUUGCACAACACACCCAUCUUCAAAGGCAUAAAAUAACACAUACUGGAGAGAAACCCUAUGAAUGUAACCAAUGUGGCAAAGCAUUUUCAGAACGACGCAAUCUUCAAGUGCAUAUAAGAAGACAUACUGGAGAGAAACCCUACGAAUAUAACCAGUGUAGCAAAGCAUUUCCAUCACAAGGCAAUCUUCAACUGCAUAAAAUAAGACAUAUGGGAGAGAGUCCCUAAAAAUGUUACCAAUGUGGCAAAGCCUUAGCAUUCUAUGGCAGUCUUCAAAUUCAUAAAAGAACACCUACUGGAGAGAAACCCUAUGGAUGCAACCAAUGUGGCAAAGCCUUUGCACACUAUGGCAGUGUUCAAAUGCAUAAAUGAACACAUACUGGAGAGAAAGCCUGUUAAUGUAUCCAGUGUGGCAAAUCUAUUGCAGAACAUGGCCUACUUCAGAGGCAUAAAAGAUCACAAUCUGGAGAGAAACCCUAUGACUGUAAACAAUGGGGCAAAGGAUUUUCAGGACAAGGCAAACUUCACGUGCAAAAUCUGUACUAGGCUGGCUCUUCUUUUAAGUUUAACAAGUGUAUCUGGCCAU